AGUGUAUUUCGAAGUCCUAUUUGUUUAAAGUUUUUGAAACUCGUCGACAAAAUCGCUAAUCAAUUGCCAGCGAAAAGUUGUCUUAAAAUUAAUAAUAAUUAUCACUCAAACGGGACGACGAAUGGCGUCAACCAUACGAAGAGUAAUCAAAAUAUUUUAUGAAUUUAAAAAUGCUGUACAAUUGCUGACAAAUUAUAAGAAACAAGUGUUUUUAGAGACCAUAACCGAUACCGUAAAUGAAAAACUCGAGCAAAUUUCGUUAAAUACUCGCAAAGAUAUCAAGUCAGUCGAUGAUAUUAUCGAAGUGCAAAGUUUUUGGGAAAGAUUAGAGAAUAGUUUUAAUGUUUUGCGUGAAAACGAGGACCGAAGUGAUAGCGUGUCCAACGAUUUCGUACAGACAUUAUUAUGGCUGGCCUUUGGUAUAGAGAAGUCUAUUUGUGAUAAUUACAAGAUUUCCGACAACUAUGAAAUUACUUUCGAUGUGUUCAAAGACUAUCUGUUGAAGAAUUUCAGAGAUUGUGUGGAAGAGAACGCCAGAGAGUUGUUGUCGACGGGAAGCGGUGUUCACAGCAAUAAUUAAUCGCAAUUUUAUUUUGAUUCAGUGGUUAAUAAAUCACUUUCAUUGAAGAAAACGGACACUAAUUGUCUUCCAUCUAAUGUGCGCUAAAUUCUGGGUUUAAUUGGCUUUUAUUUAAUGAAC